CGGGCGCUGCCAGGCGUGACCGGGCACGGGCAGCGGCCGUCGCCGCGGGAGGGAUGGGCUCGGCACGCCCUCAGCGCUCGUUUGCAGGUCUUACGGAUGUGUCGAUCGCUGAAGAUAUUCCCGUGGAAGGGGAGAUCACUGUUCCUGUGGGACCCCACUCUCCUGAGGAAGACUACUCCACGCUGGAUGAGCCUGUUAAAGAUACUAUUAUGAGAGAUCUGAAGGCUGUUGGGAAGAAGUUUGUCCACGUCAUGUAUCCGAAGAAGAGCAGCACGCUCCUCAGAGACUGGGAUCUUUGGGGCCCUUUGGUGCUUUGUGUCUCACUUGCACUGAUGCUUCAGGGUGGAUCAGCAGAUAGUAAAGAUGAUGGAGGGCCCCAGUUUGCUGAAGUCUUUGUCAUCAUCUGGUUUGGUGCAGUUGUCAUCACACUGAACUCAAAGCUUCUGGGAGGAACUAUAUCCUUUUUCCAGAGCCUAUGUGUGCUGGGUUACUGUGUGCUGCCCCUGACAGUAGCAAUGCUGGUGUGCAGGCUGGUGCUGCUGGCGGGCUCUGGGACUGUCAGCUUCAUCAUACGCCUCCUUGUCGUGCUGGCGAUGUUUGGGUGGUCAACGUUAGCAUCUACAGCUUUCCUGGCAGACAGUCAGCCUCCCAACCGCAAAGCUCUUGUCGUCUACCCCAUCUUCCUCUUCUACUUUGUCAUCAGCUGGAUGAUUCUCACCUUUACACCUCAGUGAUCUUUGUUCAGAAGAGACUGUGUAGUACAGACUGGAGUUUGUCAUGAACGCUGCAGUUAAUCAUUGGCUUUAUCUCUUUCUAAUUUAUAUAUAUAGAGGCAUUGUAAAAAGGCAGGUUAUGGGAUAAAGCCAGACAACUGCAAAAAUUGGUCAUUUGUGUGUCCCUCUUUUUGAAAGAUACAGAGGUCCAGCUGCUGAGGGGUUUUUGUUUAGCCCUGCUCUUUAGUUAAAUAAGAAAUGCCUGCUGUGAGAGGGAUUCUUCUGCCUGAGGAGCGGAGCGGGAGAUGCUGGAAUUGAAGGCGUUGGGUAGAUGAAGAUGAAGUGACAGGACUGCACACCGUGGCAGGAGUCCUGCUUGUGCUUGGAUUCUCACUGAAGACAAAUAUGCCUUAUGAAAUAGUAGAACUUUGUUGCUGUUAUGUGUUGGGUAGGGAAGAAAUGUGUUUGACUCCCUUUUUGUUGACUUACAGAGUGGUGAAAUGUGUAUGACGUGUUUUGUAGGACCGUGAGCUUUCACUUUGGAACUUCAGCAAAAAAUAAGUUGCGUCCAUUCCACAGUUAACUGAAGCUGGGCAGCGGGGAACUGCCUUUGUUCAAAUCCAUGUACUGUGUAUUUGUUUCAUCCCUUCAUAUGUAAAGAAAGAGUGUUUCAGCCAGAUGCCUUCAACACCAUAGUGACACUGAUGAAUCUGGGUGUCUCCGCAGAGGGAGCGUAUUUACACUGGAUAGUUACAGAUAUUCUCAUGUGACAAUAGAUUAGAGAGUUAAAAGCCCUGGAGAAAGUGUCAAAACUGGUUUGCAACAGGGACUUGGCUGUUACUCUGCAUCUUGGGAAUAGGAAAUUGUCAGGAGAGCACCCAGUAAAGUGAAUAUGGAUGUUAAAGAAGAGAGUAAGUUUGAGAUAAGUGGAAGUGUCGGUACCUGGGGUGUUUGGGUGCUAACAUGCCAGGGCUGAUGCCCACGACUUAUGGGUUGGAGGAAGGAAAGUAAAUAAUGCUGAAGGCAGUGUCUGCUGUGAAGGAGGAUGUGAAUUCUCAACUGCUCAUGGGUGACUUUGCCUUUGGUUGUUUCAGCAUAAAUGCCUGCAGGUUUGCAUACUGUUUCAUUGUUGUUACCAUGAGAUAUGAGAAACUUUUCUGUGGGUUUGGGAUGGGGUUUUUUUGCUUGAUACCUUUUAUAAGAGGGGAGGUGGCUUUAUUCUCCUGUUCUCUUGAGGCGCACAGACGUACCCCUGCCUGGAGAACAACACGUGGAUGUACAAGCGUGUCCUUUAUAUUUCAGCGUAGGGACUGAGACCUGGAGAACUGCUUAGUGAAGACUGUACAGGAAAUAUUUGUGUUGUCUGUUAUUUUCAGUAAGCAAUGCAAAAGGAGGGCUUUGAAAGAGCUGGGUGGGGAAAGCUGCUCUUAAAAUGUUACUUUUCCUGAAAAGGAACAUUUUGUUCCCUUUUUCCUAUAGUAAUGCAACCAGGCCUGGAAUUGGUGGCUGUGGGUCCUGCUGAGGUGUAAAUAUGCAUAACUUAUAUUUGUAUAUAUUAAAAAUUGCAAUUUCUGCUAUAAACACUUUGAGUAUUUGGUAGUUGGGAAGGAAAUUCCUGAACAUGCACAUUGGAAGCAUAUGUUGGCACUUCUGGGAGCGUGGAGAGGAGGAAGGAAGAAUCAGGUGCUCUCGGCCAGGCUGAUGGCAGCAUCCAUGGACAGGGGUGCACAAUGGAAACAGGGACAUUUCAGUCCUCCAGUAAGUUAUUACUGGUAUGGAAUGCAAUGUUCUUCUUUUAAGUGUGCAGCUUUCCAUUGCUUUAAGCCUCAGUUUAGCUUUGUAAAGCUGAAAUAUUCAAGGGAAGUAGACAGUAAAGCUGUUGAUGGCUACAGUGGGGUUCAGAGCCACGUCUGUCUGUCCUGUCACAGCUCAAGAAUUUAACCAUAAUCCUUGGAAUUCUGUCUCUAACAGUGUCUUGUGACUUCAGCUGAUAGUAUAUCUGGAAGUUAACUGAUGCAGCAUUUAAGUGAUCCACUGUCUUUUCAAAAAGAAGGAAAAUGAUUUUGGGAAGGAAUUAAAAUGCCAGCUUUUUC